CCUAUCCUCUGAUUAACUACAGUUCGCAUCCAAUCCGACAGGUGGCAGCAAUGCGCCUGGCACUGCCAAUCUGAUAGAAGAACGAAGAAAGCACAGAGUAGCCUUCAUUGGAUCCUUGUGGAAGCAAAAUAGCAACAUGCGUCAAUACGAAUGGUGGUGGCAAAAAAAGAAAAGAGAAGGGUGGCGCUGAGAAGGUUAGGGAGAAAAAAAUUAAAGAAACUGGAGAGCGAAGCAUUAAAAUGUCAUAAAUUGACAAAUAUUUUCGCAAGCUGCAACGGCCACGUCGGGUAACAAGUCAACAGCCCAGCCCCCGGCGAUGCUGAGUGUGGGAGCGGCAGCCGCUCUGACGUGCAACCGGUGCAGGGAGAGAGAAAAGAAGAGGGAGGGGGGUAACGAUAUGGAACUUCCGCAGACAAACGCAGGGAAAGUUUUCUCCUUGUUGAUUGUUGCAAUUGGCGUGUAUGCAAAAGUCCAGAAAGCCACAGACACGGUGCAGGAAGCAUUUCUGAUCGAGCCAUCCGCCAUCCUAAUUCUAGUGGGAGUGGUCAUGUUCUUCAUCACUUUCUGCGGCUGUAUCGGAGCCCUCCGGGAAAACAUUGACCUCCUGAAAACAGUAACAUUCAUAACCAACGUAUCACGAAUAUUGUUCUCUUUCAGCCUGACACUGGUCUUCCUAACCCAGCUGCUAAUCGCCAUUUUGGCCUUCUUUUACUCAGAACAGACUCACGACAAUUUGGGAAGGUUUGUGAAGAAAGGGAUCAAGCACUACAAGGAUGACCUUGAUCUGCAAAACAUGAUGGAUUCUAUUCAGAAAGAGUUACAGUGUUGUGGAUGGAACAACUAUACGGACUGGUCAUGGAACAUGUACUUUAACUGUACAGAGAACAACCCGAGCACGGAACGCUGCGCCGUUCCUUUCUCUUGCUGCGCUUCUGUUCCAAAAGAGACAGUCGUCAACACUCUUUGCGGAGCUGGAGUUCAAAAUUUGGACCACCUGGAGGUGGACAAGUCAAUCUACCCGGUAGGGUGCGCAGACAGAGCCGUGUCGUGGAUAGAGUCUCAUCUCUUACUGGUGGGAGCUCUCGCGCUGGGUUUGGCCUUGCCACAGAUUGCAGGCAUUGUGCUGUCCCAGAUCCUGAUCUCGCAGAUCCGAGAAGAGAUUACCUCCGUGUCGUGAGCACCAGCCAACAAAGUAUGGAAAAGAAGAAUGGGAAGGGAGUACAAAGGCAAUUGCCGUACUCUUUUCCACUCAAAAUGCACUCACGAGGCAUUUUUGCUGUCCUUGUGUUAUUUCUGUAUCUUAUUGUUCGUGUAACAACAGUUGUUGUGAACCAUUUAAUUGUAAAGUUAAGGACACAAUAUCGAAUACUAAAAUCAAAGUUAAAUCUCAUUUGCAAAUUGAAGAUGUCUUCUGUAUCUGUAAGGUAUUUGAAACGCUUUCACUAGAUAUUAUUGGAUUGGUGUACCUAAUAAAGCAUCAUAAAUCUGUGCAUUA